GCCCCUCAGGAGGUGCCUUCCGGAGGCCUCCACCGCAGGCAUGGCGCUGCGCGGUUUCCCGGCACUCACUCUCCUGCUGCUGCCGCUGCUGGCGCUCCGGCUCUCGGCCGGGGACUGCCCGUGUUCCGAGCCUGCGCUCUGCCGACCGGUCCGCCAUCGCCGGGACUUCGAGGUCUUUGUAUUUGAUGUUGGACAGAAAACCUGGAAAUCUUAUGACUGGUCACAAAUUACAACUGUGGCAGUUUUUGGAAAAUAUGACUCAGAACUUAUGUGCUAUGCUCAUUCAAAAGGAGCCAGAGUAGUGCUAAAGGGUGAUGUCUCCCUGAAGGAUAUCAUUGAUCCUACUUUCAGAGCAUCAUGGAUAGCUCAAAAAGUUAAUUUGGCCAAAACACAACAUAUGGAUGGAAUUAAUAUAGACAUAGAACAAGAAGUUAAUUGCUUUUCACCUGAAUAUGAAGCAUUGACAGCGUUGGUCAAAGAAACCACCGAGCGUUUCCAUCGUGAGAUCGAGGGGUCACAGGUAACUUUUGAUGUAGCUUGGUCACCAAAGAACAUAGACAAAAGGUGCUAUAAUUAUACCGGAAUUGCAGAUGCCUGUGAUUUUCUCUUCGUGAUGUCUUACGAUGAGCAAAGUCAGAUCUGGUCAGAAUGUAUUGCAGCAGCCAAUGCUCCCUAUAAUCAGACAUUAACUGGAUAUAGUGACUAUAUCAAGAUGGGCAUUAGCCCUACGAAACUUGUAAUGGGUAUUCCCUGGUAUGGUUAUGAUUAUACCUGCCUGAAUCUAUCAGAGGAGGACGUCUGCACCAUUGCAAAGGUCCCUUUCCGAGGGGCUCCCUGCAGCGAUGCUGCAGGACGUCAGGUGCCCUACAGAGCCAUCAUGAAGCAAGUAAACAGUUCUGUUUCUGGGAGCCAGUGGGAUGAAGACCAGCAAGCUCCUUACUAUAACUACAAGGAUCCUGCUGGCCAUUUUCAUCAAGUGUGGUAUGAUAACCCCCAGAGCAUUUCACUAAAGGCAGCAUAUGUCAAAAACUAUGGCUUGAGGGGCAUUGGCAUGUGGAAUGCCAACUGUCUUGACUACUCAGAAGAUGCUCUAGCCAAAGAGCAAACGAGAGAAAUGUGGGGAGCUUUAAAACCAAGGCUGUGAUGGAGAGGAGCAUCUUUUGUCAGACUAUUAGAUUUUGCAAGAAUGAGCUGUAUAAAUGGAUCUAACUUCUUGCAGAGAUAAAAAUGUAUAUAUUUUGUCAUGUUGCCAUAAGUUACCUAUUGAUAUACUCAACACACAGGUAAGAAAUAAAUUCUUCAUUUGAACACAAAAGAUACAUACAUAUCUUAAAUAUCCAGGAAUAUAAAAGCAUGAAAUAAGUCAACUACUCUAUUAAAUAUUCCUCUGUUUCAAUAUUAUAAUGUAAUUAGGAAAAUUGCUUUCAAAAUUUCAUGCUGAAUUUUCUCUCUUGGUAAUAAAAUGUACUGUUAAAAACCAUUACUGAUUUUAAAAAUAUGUGUAGCUAGUGGACAAAAGAGGAUAAUGGGGUGGGGAAUGAAUAUGAUCAAAUUAUAUUACACACAUAUAUAAGAAUCUCAUAAUGAAGCCCAUUAUUUUUUACAAUUAAUAUAUGCUAAUAAAAAAUUUACAAGAACUAUAUGUAACUUGAAAUAAAAAACUGUUGGCUUCAAACACGGUCUUAAGACCUAGCCUUUGAGAAACAGUUUAUGUUGAAUUUAUUUUCAACAAAUCUUAAAUUUAGUACCGGGAAUUUAGUAUCUCUUUAGAUUCAUCAAAAUGAUUAGACAUGAUUUUUCUGCUUCCUGACUCCUUAUAGUACAUACUAAUGUUUCAUGAUACCCACAUUAGCGUCACUUAAAUCUUUAGACAGUGUAUGAGAUUUAAAAAAAUAUGCAUACAAAUUAAAUUCAAGAUUAUUUAGUAAUAUUUGAACCAGUAAACUAGAGGUACUUGAUAUGAGAUUUGUGUGUAAAAUUCUUGUAAUAAGAAUAAGCUGAUGUUGAACUUGAUUCUAUUCACUGUUUAUACUUCUAGUCAUUCAUAGUCUUUCACUUAUUAACCCUCAUUUCUUUUGCCUAGUUUUCAUGUUUUUCUUAUACAUUUGCAUCUUGCUUAUAGCCUAUGUAAGAACAUUAUUCUCUCAUCUUGCUCCUUUUCUAAAAGAUCAAUCUCGUGAAAAUAAAUUUCUAAAUGUAAAGCA